UAAAACUAACGGGAAAAAGAAAACAUUACGAGGUAGUGAGAAAGAGAAGCCAGCUCGUUCCAUUCCAACCAAUCAAACGUAAGAAAGGAAGAGAAACCCAUCCAUCGUCUCUAGUCGCUCGCCGUUAACCCGAUCGGCGCGGUUUCGCCCUCUUUCUCUCGCCAUUCGCCGUCUGUCACCGAAUCUCCAGUUCAGAAUUCAUUCCUAUCUGGUUGCUUGCUUGCCUGCGUCGUCACAGAUUACCAGAUAGAGCUGCUGCAGUCGUUUUCAAUCCCCCUUUUCUCUACACCAAUCCUUACCCGCGGUUCAGCUUUCUGUCUCGGCUUGCUGGUACUCUCCCGAGCUCCGUCCUGAGAUUUGCUGUAUGUAGUCCGAUUGUUUUAUUUUAUCGUCGUUGAUUGUUUGCUUAACUGCUCGGGCUUGUUUUGAACGGAUUAGGGUUUCGUUUGGAUGUCCUAAUGGUCAGGGAAGGAAUGGAGCUUAAUUUUUUGUGUGCUGUGGGUUGUUUCAAUUUGGAUUGCUUGCUUGACCGUGAUGUCUGUUGCCCGUUGAGCUGAGUGAGUGCUGUUAGGUAGAGCUUCGCAAUGGGAUUGUUGUGUUUCAAUGUGAGUGGAGAUUCGUGGCAUAUUGGGCUUCUUUUUCUCGGUGGCUUGGUUUUAAUUUCACCAUCAGGCGUCUUUACUCUGAAUCAUAGCUAGUGGUCAUGUUUUGUGGGGAAUUGGUUUUUGAUUGUUGUACAAUAUGGGUCAGGUUUGGAACGUUUGGCUGAACCAAUGCUAGCGAGUAUAUUAGCAAAUGCUUAGUUACUUGAUCAGUUAGACUCAUGGCAAAGAUGGCCUAAGAUUAGUAUUCUCAGCUGAAUCACUGUAAGUGACUAACAUUGCCUAGAGUCUACUGUCCAAUUAUAUUUGGGAGUUGGCCAGCAUUUCUUGUUUUCAUCCUUUUUAAAAUUCUGCAUCCAUUAUUUUUUAGGCUCUGCAAAUUCAGUACGGAAUAUCCUUUUUCCUCGUUUCAUCACAUUGUUGAGGAUUAGCUAUCAUAUCUCCGUGAAAGAUGGGGAAAAACCAAGCUUACAAAGCCAUGCAGAGAGCAAGGGUGGGCUCAGGAUCUGGAGGUCCUGAAGAGGUUGAAGAUGGCAUGGUUUGUACCCUUUCAUACUGUUCAUUGUUUCCACUCCCUUAAAGUUUUGACUUGGAAAUUUCCUAGUUUACUAUGUUGUUUCCUUUUUUUUUUGUUUUUGUUUCUGAACCCCACAAGUUGAGCAGGAAUACUAAAAAAUCAUAUGCUGUGCUUUAGCUUCCUGGUAUGCAAUAAUAAAAUGUGCUUUUGUAAUGGAGAAAGCAGUGUCCUUCAUGUGGCACAUAAAUCAACUGUCUCUAUGUCUGUGGGUGGCUACUUUGCACCAACUUAUGUGCUGGAAUGCUGUACGAAUCAACUACAUGUUAUGCAGUAAUUUGGUUCUCGAGUAUUCCUGCUCUAAGCUUUACAUUUGCUAUUUUCUCUUCGUUUUUCUUUUGGUGAUUGUAUGCUUAUUGGUUAGCCAAGGAAUCCAAAUGACAAUAACUAGUGCCGAUUGACGGGGUAUCGCCAUAUUCAAGAUUCAAAGAGAUACCUUACUGGUAUGGCUUAGCUCAUUCACUCCUAAAUGGGAAGAUUUCUAGCUACUUAGACUUGUAAGACAAGAGCGACUAUCAAGAACUAAAAGAAGAGCCAGUAUUCGUCCUAAUGUCUUCCUUGUCUGUCCUCUACCUUGUCUAGGCUUUUGGAUAGGUAGCUUGGGCAAGAAAAGGAGAUAAUUAGGUAUUCCAAGAUACUUUAGUAAUGAGUUCGACAUCUUGUUCAUCUAUACGUUUAUUGUUUUCGUCAUGCAUUGAGUAAUAUUAAAAAUAGAUCUGCCUUCACAAAGCAAUCCAAUAAAGAGGAACCUCAGCUGUUGCUGGUGACUACCUGGUUUCCUUUUUCACAUAUAUCGAAACUUAUAGUGGUCAGAUUUUAUGCCAAAACAAUAAGUAAUAGUGGUUAGAUAUGGUUGCAUGAACAGAUCCCUCCCUCUAUCCCUAUCUUUUUCUGGUUGUUUCUGGAUGUACCGGAACAUUUCUGAUGAGGAGAGUCGCAGGUGGAUGGUUCUUUUCAUACACCAGAGUGGCAUGCUGCUCGUUUGGCUAGCCUCAACACUUCUCAUACAAUCACCUGGGAGGAGUACAAGAAGAAGCAGAAGGUAAUUCUCUGAUAGCUUCCUUGUACUUGAUUGCCUUAGUUCACCUGAACUAUAUCUAUUUCUAUUUUGUAAGUGUGAGUCGUCCUGUUUAGCUAAUAGGUGCAUGUUGCUUCUGUGAGUGUAUGGCCACUGGAAUUACGAAUAUAUUUACACCUAUAUACAUGUGCACAUAUGUACAUGGGCUUGACUAUGCCUCUUUGCACUCACUGUGCGUUUGCACUUUCAAUUCAGUUGUUGAAGUUAAAUUUCAUUGAAAAUCUAGGAACUUUUGGGUUCAAUGGUACUAGCCAUCCUAUCUAUGAACUCAUACAAUAAAUCUCACUGAUCAUUGAUCUUACGAAUUAAAGGCUCAAGCUGGCCAGAAGAAGAAGAGGAGAAAAGGUCUUAGAGUUUAGCUUCGGUUCUGCCUUUCUGCGAGAGAUGGAUGGGAUUCACUUGUAGCGGGGGGUUCACAACUUUGGUUGAUUGGUGAUUCUAUUCAUUAAAUUGCAGAUGAGACUUCAUUGGUUUGCUUUUCUAGUAUUAGUCCUUUACAUUGUUGAACUCAUUUUUGUUCGUCGAAAUAUUAGGCAUACUCAUCAGUGUCCUUUGGUUAAGUUGGAAACAAACUACUUGUGUGCCCUGAAAGUGAACAUGCCCAAGCAAAAGGUGAAUGGAACCUAGAAAUGAAAUUUUCUUCUGAGAAACAUAACAGGUUCCAUAUUGGUUCUGGAGGUCAUUGACCUACCAUCUUCUGGAAGAACAAUGUUCACUUCAGAUUUCAAUGUUCUUUGACCUACCAUCUUCUGCAAAAUUUUAUUUGCGUCAUUUACUAGGAGGCUGCAAUUUUCUUCCAUGAAUGGUUCUGUUUCUUAUUAAAAAAAAAAAAAUGGUUCUGUUUCCCCCCAUUCUGUUUUGUUUGAUUUUGUCUUUCUAGUUUUUGUGGCUGCUGCGUUCUGGUGGUUGUUAAUUUAUCAGUUGCUAUUGUACUACUGUAUAGAAUUCCAAACAAGGCACAUCCACAUUUUGUCAAGGAUUGUGCACUCAUGCCCCAUAAUAAAACUUGUAAAUACAU